AUGUUUCCUGACCUAUCGGAGGGAGAUUUAUCAGUGUAUCGGUCAGCCUUAGUAAAUAAUAAACAACUGGGAAGAUUAGGAAAGAAACUCAAACUCGACGAAUUUUUGGCUUAUUCUCAUGAAGCCCUUAAAAACAAUAAUCUAGAUCGCUCCAUCGCUAACGGCGUAGAAGCAUUAUUUGGUGCAAUGUAUUUGGAAAAUGGACUUGAUAGAGUCCGAGAAAUUUUUGGCAAGCUAACAUUCGAUGACGAUAGUGAACUUAUGGGAACUUGGAUGAAUCUUGUAACGCACCCAUUGCAGGAACAGUUUCCAGACGGUGACCGAAUAUUGAUUCCGAAAUCUCAGUUUUUGCAGGGUUUAACCGAUUUUGAAGAAUCGAUCGGUGUCGAAUUUAAACAUAUACGGUUAUUAGCUAAAGCGUUUACCCAUCCAUCAGCUGGAUUAAAUCAUUUAACAAUAGGAGAUUAUCAAAGGCUAGAAUUUCUUGGAGAUGCGAUCUUAAGUUACAUGCUAGCUUCACAUGUAUAUCGCCAAUUUCCACAUUACCGUGAAGGUCAUCUAAGUGUAAGAUAA